AUGCACUUUUCUAUCCCGACCAUCCUCGCCGUCGCCCCUCUCCUUCUGGGCGUCGCCUCAGCCGCCCCGGCAGUGCCCGAGAAUCAUGAGCACCACCUGGUCGAGAUGAUCACCGACCUCGACAAGCAGGGCCACAUCGAGUGGCAGCAGGCCGAGGGAGGACGCUACGGCUUCAUCCCCGAAGAGAAGGUGGCGGCCUACUCGAAGCAGAAGCAGAAGCAGAGCCGGGACCUCGGCGAGCCCGACAUCGAGGCUGACGUGUUUGCGCGCAACUCGGCCGAUCUUGAGGUAGACGGGCAGGGCGCGCAUGUGAACUGCAAGCACGGCGGGCGCAAGGUGUGGGUCGACGACAUCAUGAAGGUCAGCUCGUCGGCGUGCACGCAGCUCGUCAACCGGUCCGCCGCGGGCCAGGCAUUGAACAAAGGGUGGAAUAUAUUCCAGCAGUUUGGCAUGCCGGAUAAGAAGGGGAAGCUCGGCAAGCUUACCAUUGGCUGGCAAUGGCUCCACAAGUACUCUACCCAGGGGCUGACGGCCGGCCUGUGCGAGGACUUGAUGAAGGCCGUCUUCCCCAAGGGCAAGCCCUGCGGCGAGAAGGGCGACACCCACGGGGCCAAGAUCACCUGGGACGACCAGAUCAAGUUUGAGGUUGACGCCUGGAAGGCCGAAUAG